CACCCAGGUGCACAUGCAUAAGUGAACGCGUCUGUAAGAAUUCUAUGCAAUAAUUUUCUGCUGCUCACCUAAUAAAAGUAACAAAUACAGGGUAGAUUGGAAAAUGAUGCGUAAGUUCCUUAUGCGGCCCUCGCUGGUUGACGAGCGGAUCAUGCAGAAGCAGUUGGCUGACCACCACAACAAGCUCCGACAUGCCACUCCUGCCAUCGACUGCUUGUCUCCGCCGACCUACAGUCAUUUGACGCUCAAGUUGAAAAAACUGCAGUUGGAAAACGAACGCAUUUGGCAGAUAGAAAACGAGAACCGACGGCUUCUCUCUCGAUUGGCGGAUAUUAUGAACAGAGCCAGAACUGGCGGAAAAGCGCGGUUCAGCGUCUACAGCAGCAAACGGUUUGGUGGCGGUUUCAAAGUACGACCGACGUCUCAACCGAAGAUCAAUCUAUCGAACCAACGAGGAAAUGCCAAUCGCGAAGGUCAAAAAGACGCAAAGGAAUUGGACUGGCAAAAGACUACGAGUCCCUGUCGACCUCAUACAGUUGCUGUCAUGUCCCGUGAUUCGACUAGACCAACUUCGACCAACAACCACUCCUCAUGCAACUCGACGAAAAAAACCAGGAACGGUAAAACGCUAUGCGGAUGUACUAGUCGGCAGCCCAUGUCGCCACCAGACCUGGAUAUCGAUACCCUUGCAGACACUAGUUUGCCACUCGUUACGUCCCAGUCUCCUUUGAACGAUGUGACCGAUUUGUUGUUCGGCAUCCAGAGCGUCCAAAUUACGGUGAAGCAGCAAAGUACGGAUUAAUGGUGAUCUCUAAACGUUAAAAAUCAAAAUACGAAAAAACAUUCCAAUUCUAUCCUUUAUAGUUGCAAAAAUUUCCCAACAAGUUAAUAUAAAAAUUUGAUAUUUCUAAACAAAGGAAUAGAGAAAAAUAAA